AUGGCUGCAGCUUCAGACCCCUUCAUGUCUCUUCCCACAGAAAUAAAACUGAUCAACAGGCUGAGUUCUGGUCUGUGCAGAGCAGGAAGGAGGGAUGAGCCGGGAACUGGACGUGUGACCUGUCAGAGGCCCGUUGCCCUGGCUCCGUUCAGAGACGAUGUCCCCCUGCUGGACCCCUGCAGCGGCCUUCUGAGCGCAGCAGCCAGAGUGCAGCUUGGGAUGCAAAGCCGGACAGAGUUCAUAGAUCCGUUUUCACAGGGGCUCAGAAAAAGGCCUCAAACAACUCCCAGCCUGUCAGUCCAAGGUUCAGCCGUUCCCACUCAGUCACAGAGGACAGCAGCAACGCGCCGCAGCCUCCCUGAAAAACAUCUGCCCUCCUCUUCGUCGGCUCGCAGCUCGUGGAACGAUGACUCAGCGGCGCUCCAAUGCCACAUUUACACUUCUUCCACUCAGAGGAGCUAUGAGGGGGUGAAUGGGGGUCUGAAGUUCCCCAGACCUCUAAAUGCAGCUGGAGCGACACUGGAGCACCGGGCCGACCCUGUGAGCAAGCAGACCUCACCACGGCGUCACAUCAUCAGGCCUCCGCUGUGGCAGCCUGCAGGCGCUGAGUGGAACAGGCGACAGCUUCGACGCAGGAACGACGCCAGGAAACCCAUUUCAUUCUGCAGCAGAUAUGCAAGAUCAGGGCAAAUCCCUUCAUUUAACGGAGCGUUUGGCUCAGAGAAGAUGGACGACAUUGACAACAUGGAGGCAGAUUUCCAGCCUCUCACUGUGAAGAGGAGCGUCACACCGGCGUACACACUGACAGCGCAUGGGACCACAAUGCCAGGCUUCACAGGCAGAGGUGUCCAUGCUCCCCCUGCUGCUGAGGAGGCCUCUGUCUCUGGAGUGACCCGAGGACGUGAGCGUGCGGCGCCGCUGUCCAGGAUGGUGACCUUUGUGACCCCCUGCAACCCCUACCUGAGCGCCCGGCUUCCUGCCUGGAGAGGCCUCGGCCCCGUGAAGAAGAGAAAGUUCUGAAGCAUCAUCUUCCUCUUUAUGUUGUCCAAUCAGUUUGUGUGAAUAGAACGUCAGAAACUGAUCCGGAGUCAGUGGGAGAAUAAUGAGUUUCUCCAUUAUCAUAAUUUCCCUGAUUUAGAUGAGUGGUUUUCUAACUCUGGGUGCCGAGCGUUUGCAUUGUCCUCGUAUACAUUUGCUCUCUUACAGACGCACUCAGUCGUUAAGAGUGUGUGAGUGUGCGUGUGUGUGUGUGUGUGUAGGUGUGUGUGGGUGUGUGUGUGUGGUUCAUGAGAGGGGGGGAUAAAUUGAUGGCAAAAAAAUUUUUUCCAAUCCACCAUCUUUGUGUUUGAAGCAGCAGCAGGUUUGGUGCUGUUGCUGCAGUUUGUGGUGCGAUUUUCUUCUUUUUCUGCUGCUGCUGCUGCAGCCGUCAGCAGUCACAUCAUUCUGAGGCAAACAUAUGGUGUAGAGAUUAUUAUGAAGUUCCUGCCAGCUAUAUCUUUAUGUCUGUGGUUUGAGCAGCUUCGCGCUUUCACAGGAAAUAGGAAUGAGCUGGUUUUCCUGUUUCUCUUCAUCUAUAGUUUGUUUAGAUUUGCUCUUGGAGGGAUUUCUACACCAACAAGCUGCUGAUUUGGUGACGGCUUGGAGACUCACUUAACAUUUACUGCACUAUUUGUUUUGGGCAAUGGGAAUAAAAACGGUCCAUUUCUUACUGAGGGGUUAAUAACUUUCAGUUUCUUCUUGAUUCUCGAUUAUGGUUGAGAAUUUGGAGUGGUUCACACUUUAGCCACAAUAGAGCCUGCUGGCAUCGUUCAUUAAACCUCACUAGUGUCACCAACCUGCA